AUGAAAGUUUCAUUCUUAAUUUCUUUAAUAUCUUUAUCAACGAUGAUAUCAUCAAAAAAUGUAUAUGAUUUACGAGAUCUAAAAGAUAUUUCAACAAAUGAUAAAAGAGAAGCUGAUGCAGAACCCAAAAAUAUAGCUGAUUUACAAGCGUUAAAAGGAAGUUUAGAAAUUGUUGAUGAUAAAAGGGAUGCUAAAAAUGCAAAGUCUUAUGAAGAAAUUUUAGAAGCUUUGAAAGGUAUUGAAAAAAGAGAUGCUAAAAAUACACCAAAUUUAGGUAAACUUUUUAAAGAAUUGCAAGAUGUUAAAGGUAAAAGAGAUGCUAAAAACACUCCUAAUUUUGAUGAAAUCUUAAAAGCUUUGAAUAGUGUAAAUGAUAAGAGAGAUGCCAAAAAUACUCCAAAUUUAUCAGAUUUGUUAAAAGCUUUAGAAGAUGAAGAAAAUACAGUCACUAAAAGAAAAAAUACUAUAAACAUUUCAAAUUUUGUAUUUGAGGAAGAUUCAAAAGAUAAAAGAGAAGCUAAAAAUGUAUUCAAUGUUGAAAAAUAUGCCAAUUUAAUAAAUAAACGUAGUGAGCAACAACAAGUUUUGGAAAAUAAUAAUGGAGAAACAAUUGAGACAGAAAACAAUGAUUUGGUAUUUACAUUUAAAUCAUCAGAUUGUUUCAACAACUUAUUACAAUCAAUCUUACCACAGUUAAAAUCAAUUUCUAUUUUCGCUGGAUAUAUAAGAGACAAUUCCAUAUUAAAUUCCAAAACAGAGUCAUUAGAAUCAAACAUGUUGAUUAUAACUCCAACAGAUGAAGCUAUAGAAACUAAUUUAUCAAAUUUAAAACCAUGGGAAUUUCCUAAAAAUAUAGAUGAUGUUACAAAUGAAGAAGAACAAGAUAAAAUUUUACAAGAUAAUUUAAAUCAUUUUUUGGAUGGUCAUAUCGUAACUGAUUUCCAAAAUAAGAUAAUUAUUGAAGAAAAUAAUGAUGAUGAUUCCAAAAAUGAAAAAAUUAUAUUAACUACUUUAGAUAAUGGUAAAAAAUUAAAAAUUAAACAAGAUUUAUUGACUCAGAAUUUUUUUAUUAAAGUUGAUAAAAAGAAAUGGAUUCCUGUUGAUACUGUUAAACAAGUUGAAAAUGGGUUAAUUUUUAUUAUUAAUGAUUCAUUAGUUAAACCAUGA